AUGGCAGACGUAGUUUUAUCACCAGCUUUGCAAGUGAUCUUUGACAGAGUAGCAUCCCCAGUCCUACAAAAGCUUGCUGAUAUCUGGGACAUGAAGGACAACCUCCAGAGCCUACAACAUGCCUUGGUCAUGGUUCAAGCUAUUCUUGAAGAUGCAGAGGAGCAACAACUGACCAAUAAAGCCGUCCGGCUUUGGCUGUUGAAGCUCAAGAACGCAGCUCAUGAUGCUGAUGACCUUCUGGAUUUCGUUACGGCCAAAGGAAAAGAUAAGUGGACUUUAGCAAUUUCAAAAUCCAUAGAUGCUGACAAAGUCAGAAAGAUGCUUUUGACAUUAGAAAUGACAGUAAAAGAGGGUCUAUUGAAGUUUAAUUUUCGAGAGCCUGGUACAGUAGAUAGGCAAUCUGAUAAAAGGGAGACUAGCUCUUUUGUUAUGGAGUCAGAAAUAUAUGGAAGAGCUGAUGACAAAGAGAACUUAGUGAAACUCUUACUAUCUUCUGAGUGUCACCAGGAUGGUUAUGCUAUGUGUAUUCCGAUAAUUGGUAUUGGAGGAAUUGGCAAGACGACUCUUGCUCAGUUGGCAUAUAAUGAUGAGCGGGUAAUCCAACAUUUUGAUGUUAGGCUGUGGACUUUUGUCUCGCAUGAUUUCAAUAUCAAGAAGAUCAUGAAGUCAAUUAUUGAGUCUGUAACAAGGGAAGAUUGCAAGUUCUCGGAGAGUGACUUACUUCAAUCUCGACUUUGGCAUUUGCUGCACAACAAAAGAUAUCUAAUUGUGUUGGAUGAUGUUUGGACUGAAGAUCAAGAUGACUGGGACAAACUAAGACCUUUGUUUAGACGAGGUGUUGAUGGAUGCAAAAUCAUUAUCACUUCCCGCAAUAAAAAAAUCCCAUUCAUGAUGGACUCCCUAAAUUCGGCAUACUAUUUAAAGGGUUUGAUGGAGGAUGACUGCUGGGCUUUGUUCAAGCAACGGGCUUUUGGACGAGAAGAAGAAGAGAAGUAUCCCGACCUCUGCCUGAUUGGAAAGCAGAUUGCAAAGACUUGUGGGGGUGUACCAUUAGCAGCCAAAAGUUUGGGAAGUGUUAUGCGCUUUAAAAGAGAAGAACGGCAAUGGUUGUUUAUGCAAAAUAGUGAACUUUGGGAAGUAGAUGGAUGCAAACAGAGAAUUUUACCUGCGCUUAUGUUAAGUUAUCUUCAUCUGGCAGCACAUCUUCGACAAUGCUUUGCAUUCUGCUCCAUAUUUCCUAAAAAUUAUGAAUUCAAGAAGCAUAAAUUAGUUCUCUUGUGGAUGGCAGAGGGCUUAAUUCUAGAAGAAGGUAGCAAGCGACCAGAAGACAUUGGUGAUGAAUACUUUUCUGAUUUGCUGUGGAUGUCUUUCUUUCAAGAAGUAGAGUUACGUGAUGGUGGUAGCACAAUUGGAUACAAAAUGAAUGAUGUCAUUCAUGAUCUUGCACGAUAUGUUUCUGGAAAUGAAUCCGUUAUGCUUGAACAAGGUCUUCCACCAAGUAAUCCAGCACAAAUUCGUCGCUCAUCCAUUAUUUAUAAAUACAGGGAAGUUACAAUUCCAGAAGCUCUCUUUGAAGCAGAACAUUUACGAACUGUCUUAUUGAUUGGAGAAUAUGGACUUCUAAAAGACAGUAGUAAAAUGUUAUUAAAUUGUAUAUACCUGCGUGUGCUGGACUUGAACAACUGUGAUGUUCAUUUUUUGCCGUCAUCAAUAGGUGGGUUGAUAUGUUUGAGGUAUCUCGACUUGUCUUAUACGCCUAUCUCCAAGUUGCCGGCAACCACAAGGAAUCUCUGUUCAUUGCAGACUUUAAACCUCUCUGGAUGUCAUAAUCUUAGAGUAUUGCGAGACUUCGAAGCAAUGACCAGCCUAAGACAUCUCAAUAUAACUGGAUGUGAUAGCUUGUGGUAUAUAUCUCCUUGUAUUAAAAUGUUACUUCAACUUCAGACACUGCCAUUAUAUUUCGUUCGCAAGAAUCCCGGUAAUCUUGGUGCACUAGAGAAUUUGAAUCUUUAUGGGGAGUUGAAUAUUACACACUUGGAGAAUAUAAGAAAUGCAACUGGAGCUCAAUCAUCUGGACUGAAGAUGAAAGAAAAUAUUGAGUCGUUGGGAUUAUACUGGGGAGAUUUUGGAGAUGUGCACGAUAGGAAUAAAUCAAUAUUGAAGAAACCAGCCAAGUCCUCAGCCAAAUGGUACUGUUCAGAAGUAGGGAUGCGGUGGCAUGAACCUGAUGCUGAAGAGGCGGUAGAAAUUCUUGAUGGCCUGAAACCACACAAGAAUUUGAAAAAGCUAGUUAUACAUGGUUAUCCAGGAAUCAGAUUUCCAGAUUGGAAACUGCCAAAUCUAAUUGCAGUUGAUUUGUCCAAUUGUAAGAACUGUGAAUAUCUUCCAGCCCUUGGGAAUCUUCUUCUACUCAAGACUCUUUCUCUGCAUGGAAUGGAGAGCGUGACGCGCAUUGGCUUUGAGUUCCAUCGUGAUAGUACAGACAUAUGCUUUUCAUCACUUGAAGAACUAUCGCUCAGUGAUUUUCCGAAAUUGGAAACCUGGUCGAGUGCAAAUAAUGAAAAUGCAUUUCCGAGCUUGAGGAAGUUAACCAUACGUAGGUGUCCCAAGUUGACACAGAUACCAUUUUGUUUGUCUCUUCAACAUUUGGAGCUGCGGGAUUGUAAUCCAUCUUCAAUCUUCAUUGGAGGUUUAACUUUGCUGACAGUGCUGGUAAUAGAAAAACUUCCACAGCUGCGCACUCUACCACAAGGGCUUUCUGCAUCAGCUAGUCUGUCUUCUCUGGAGGUCUUAUCUUGCCCCAAGCUUUGUUCACUGCCUUUGGAGAUGGGAAACCUCACUGCACUGAAAUCAUUGACCAUUCGUUGGUGUGAUGAGUUGUCCUCUCUGCCACAGAGUUUGCAGAACCUCAAAGCUCUGGAAUCACUAGAGAUUAGUGACUGUCAUAGUAUAAUCUCGAUGCCAGAUGGUGCAAUUGGAGGUUUGAGUUCCCUUCAAACUUUGUCCAUUGAGAACUGCAGUAGUCUGACUUCUUUGUCUUCGAGUCUGGAACAACUCGCUUUCCUUGAGCGGUUCACCAUUAUGUACUGUCCAAACCUUGGUUCUUUCCCAGAGGGUGUGCAACACCUCUCAACCCUUCGAACUUUGUCUAUCUUGAGCUGUCCUUGGUUUGAUUCUUUGCCAGAAGAGUUGCAAAUGGUCAAGACGCUGCAGUGUCUGGAAAUUAGUAGCUGCCCGAAUUUCACAGCUUUGCCAGAGUGGGUUGAGAAGCUUGCUUCACUCAGAUCUUUGACCAUUUUUGAUUGUCCUAAUUUGAAACUGUUGCCACAAAGUCUAGAACUUCUCACUAAACUCCAGCACCUCUCUAUUCAAGAAUGUCCCGAGCUUGAGGAAAGAUGUAGACAAGGCAGUGGUGAGGAUUGGCUGAAAAUAGCUCAUGUUCCACAUAAGCACAUUGGAUCACCGGAGAUGAGGCAGUCCAGUAGUGAAGCAAGUACAUCGGGCAGCUCUUCUGUUGAAACAUCUGUAUAG